GACUGUCAGUCUGGUCAGUCUCGCCCCACACAGUUGUUUUUGUUGGUGAAAAAAAAUAAACAAUAAUUUCAGAGGCCCUUGGUGCGCGUAUAAAAAGUGGAAAUUAUGCAAAUCUCGACAGCGAAAACGCAAAGCGAUGGCAAUGCAAGUGUAGGCGCGGCUUUUCCGCAUUUCCCAGCCCUCGAGGGACCGCAGUGCACCUGUGCUGGCAUUUCCAGUCGUUUUUUCGCUGCAAUGGCUGCCAACCAACAGCCGAGAACGAUCAAUUCCGAUAAGUAGAAAGUAGAAAGGAUAAAGAUAGAUGAAGAGCUGAGAGCGAUUAGUCCGAGAGAACGCGGUUCGGUGCGUGGGUGUUGGCGAAAAUCGAAUAUCAACCAAAAAAAGAACCAUUUUCCUCCCGAUGACCAGAAGAAAUCGUAAGAAAAUCGGCGACUAGUUGAAAAGAGCGAAUAAGGCAACGAGAAGUGGCCUUCCCCUGGGUUAUAUAAAUUAUAUAUUACAUCUGUGCAAUACCAAAAAAGAAAUGCAGGAAUAGGCAAACAAAAAUAAAAAUCAAUGUGUGCUAUAGACGCAAAAGCCACGAAGGAAAAGCAGCAGCAGUACCAGCAGCAGCUCAGCUGAGAAAGUGCGUGUGUGUGUGUGUGUUGGUGUUUGUGGUUGUGUUCGUGUAGGAGGCAGCAACAGCAACAGCAGCAGCGGAAAGCAAGUGAAAUCAAUAAUUUGCAGCUAAAAUAAACUGCAACAAUGUCCAGGUAUCCAGGUAUCUAAUUGCGUCAACAAAUUAGUGCUGCACUGGGCUUGUGAAAACCUGUGCCUUUUGGUUUAUUAUUAUUUUUUUUGGACACCGAUCUUCGGCGAGAAAGAAGAAAAGCAAACGGAAUAAAUAAUGGAAUUUUAACAGCGUUUUAAAAGUACACUUCUGGUAGAGGAAGCAGCUGCAGCAGCGUCAGAAGCUAAGCCAGAGGCAUCGGAGGAAGCUCCAGAGCAGAUCUAGUGGACCGUUUCCAAAACAACCGAACGAGAGAUGAUACCCACCAGCAUCACCAACUCGCCGCCACCAGCGGGCUUGGGUCAGAAUGGAGCUGCUGCCACAGCGACGGGGGGUGCGGCGGGUCUGGGACUGGGAGUGGGAGUGGGAGGAGUGGCUGGUGUGGGCACUAGUUCGAGUGGCAUCCAGUCAGCCGGGGCUCAGAACAAUUUAAGCUCCAUAGUGCUGGGCCUGGCCUCGCUAAUCCUUGAGGGACGACCCAUCUCCGAUGACGAGUAUCAGCAGCAGCACGUGGUGGUGGCAUCGUCCGGUUCUGGAGGAGGAUCCGGCGGGAAUAACCUUGCUGGCCGCCUCUCGCCACGUCCCUCCACUUCGCGAGCUGCCAUUAACAUAACGACGAAUCCCUAUGGUUCCAUGGGAGGAUCGGACAGCCGAGCCGGCAGCGGCUCAGCCGGAGGAGCGUCUAGCAGCAGCAGCACCUCGUUGACCCACCAACGCUGGACGCAGAAACUGUGCCAGCUGCGACAAAUCUCACCUGCUGCCCAGGCGAUGAGUGCCGAGCCCGAACUGGUGGCCCUGGCCAUCAAUGAUCUCAACAAGGAUCACGGUGACUACGAGAUCGUGAGGAGAGUGAUGCUCAACAGAGCGGGGGGAAUGGGAGGUGGUGGUGGUGGUGGCGGCACCGGAGGCACCAACAACUCCAGUGCCGCCAGUUCCCCGGGCUCCAAUUCGUCGGAUAACAUUCUGCUCUCCCUACAAUCGCUGGCCACCACGUGUUUGAGGGGCGGACCCGCCUUGCCACCGCCUCCGGUUGAAACACGCCCCCUAAAUCUGUCCUUCGUGUGGUCGGGAUCGGGGGGAUCGCCGAGUGGGGCCGUAGUCGGAGCAGCGGGAGCUGUAGCCACCACCACCAGCACCACAACAACGGCCACUGCCAGCAACGGAGCCACUGGCUCCGCAUCGAGGCCCAAACACGGGCCGCAUUGUGAUCAGUUCCUCAGGAAGAUGGGUCUGGCCAAGGGCGAGACGCCGUCGGAGCUUGAGGAGCACAUCUGUGAUAUGUCCUACGUUAAUAUGACCUGCAAUCGUUGGCGAGCCUAUUGUAUGAAGAUGGAGGCAAUCCUGGCCAGGCGCGAACCCGUUUGCAUCGAGGUGUACCUGGGUCCAGUCAGCCACAAGCUGCUAUUGGAGCAGUGGAUCAUCAGCGGCAAGGAAAAAGUUCCUCCGCCCACGAUGACCCUACCCUCACUGUGCAGUGCCAUCCGAAGUCAGUUGUACUUCUCCCAGAUCGUGGCCUGGUGCGACCUGCUCCGCAAGUGCGAUCCCUCGGUGUACGACAGCGGGCGGGUGAUCUUCUCCAACUGCGCCAACAAUGCCGGCGAUCUGGCCACCAGUUACACAUCCAGCGGGGGCGGGCCGAGGAGACCUCGUCUCAACAUUUUCUACAGGAUCAAGCAGCACACGACCACCGGUGGCCAGUUCCAGGAGGAUGGCUUCAGCGCCAAGGCCAAUGUGCACAACUUUCCCAACGUGAAUGUCUCGGAGAACUACAGUAUCUCGGUGUGCGUUAGGAGCUUGCCGAGGAUCAAUGGUGGCCUGCCUCACGUGGAGCCCCUCGUCCCGAGUCCUGCCCCCAGACACAAGCUCUUGGCAGCAGAUCCGGCCAGCACACCGACUGGAGGCGGGGGGCUACAUGCGGCCACGCCCACUGGCCUGGGAGCGAGGAUUUGUGCCGCCACCCCCACGACGUCGGCCAGCGGAUCCCACUGUGAUAACGGAAAAACGGGAAUGGGCCUGGACGAACUGGAUGGGGAUUCGAGCCUGAGCCACCGGGAGAGGCAGCUGCAGAAAUACCGCAAGAGAAUGCAGCGCCGGGACAAGAAGCGGGAGAGGAAAUCCUCCCCAGACAGGCCACACCACGCAGAGGAGCCCAUGGAGGAGGGCGAGGAGUCGCAGUCGUUGACACAGUCGGAGCCGCAAUCCCUGGCCUUGACUCUGCAACAGCCGCGGCGCAUCGCCAUGAUCUCCACGGGCACCCAAACGUCCCUCAGCAGCUGCCAGCAGUGCGGGAGCGAGAAGACCCUGCUCUGCCUCAGCUGCACAGGAGGAGUGGGAUGUGGCGCUGACAACGGCACGGCCACCAAGGAGAAGCCAUCAGCCGGCAAGCUGGAGGAGCUGGAUGACGGGGAUACGACGGCCUCCGAAAUGGAGGAAACAUCCAGCUGCAGUCUCAGCAGCGGUGAUCUCAUCGUGGGCACGCCUCGCAACAAGGCCGAGCUGCUGCUGCAGGCCAUCCAGCGCACGCCAAAGAACCGCAGCCGGAAGCCCCAGCAUCCGGAGGUGGCCUGCCGCAAUUCAGAUCUCAACGGGGGCCAGAACAACAACCUGGCGAAGAUCACGCCUGCCAGUAGCGGGUGUCAGGUGUGCAAGCGCCAGAAGACCCAACACAACUUCUCGAAUGGAAGCAACGGCAGCGGAGCGAAGGAGCAGUCACCCACCAAUGAAAGCCGAAGGAGUAAUGGCUACGGGAGCAUGGAGCAGGAGGCGCAACAGGCAUCAGAUGCUCAGAACGCCUCCACCAAGCUGACGCCCAACAUAGAGCGCUGCUCGCUGAAUCCCUCCGAGCGCUGCACAACACCACCACCGGGAAUCGAUGACCACAUAGUGGUGCAGUUCAAAACGCCGCUGAGCCAUGUGCCAGCCAAGCCCCAGCCCGAUGCCAUGGUGCCCCUGCAGCAGCAGUCUCUGGGCAGAUCAUCGCCCAAACCCAGCCAGCUGAGGCUGAACUGUGGAAACGGGCUGGCGGACAGCGAGACGCCGCCCCAGAGCAUAUCGCCUCUGAUGCGGAAGGCCCUGCCCAAGGUCAACCUCACUACCAUCUUCUGCAGCUCGGCGCCCAUUGCCAUCGGGGCGCCUGCCUUCAGCUUUGAUCCAGCUUCCCUGAGUCAUGCCCACUCUCAGCUGCUGGCCCCGGAUGUGGGUGCCACACCGCCAGUGCAGAAGUCCUUCUCGGCGCCCACUUUGCCGAACUCGGCAUCGCUCUCGGUCUCGCCCAGAUUCGCCAAACAGGCGCUGGCUGCCCACAAGCGGCGGUCCCGCCACCUAAGCGAUCGCAGCGACCGGAGCUCCCUGGGCUCCGACGAGCAACUGUCCGACGAGGAUCUGGAGUCGGGUAUGUGCAGUCCGGCGGGUGGGUCGCCCUUGAAGAGUCGCGCCCGCUUGGCUGCCCACUUUGGAGGGCGUCCGCUUCUGGGAAAUCUCGAGGAGUCGCUGCUUCAGCGCCGCCUUAUGCCCAAAAUCGAGGUGAUGGGCUUCAAGCUGCAGCUGGGCGCCUCUGGAGGAUUCUGUCCCACCCAGCUGACGAUCCCAGCUGUCUCCUACUUCUAUGAGCUGCACGGCGAGACGCUAAGCACUCCCUACCUGUGCGAGAUUCGUCUGCCGCGGAAGGGAUACUCGGUGCCGAGGACUGGAACGGUGCAGGCCACGCUGCUGAAUCCUAUGGGAACGGUGGUGCGGAUGUUUGUGAUACCCUAUGAUAUGCGGGACAUGCCGCCGCUACACCGCACCUUCAUCCGGCAGCGGAUACUGGCCGAGGAGGUGGGCCAGGAGCAGGAUUCUGGUCCGCAAGUGCCGCGAAGUCCAACCGCCCACAGCACCACCAGCAAACUGGGGCACUUCAUCUCUUCCGAGCAAAUGAAGCGACUGCGCUACUCCAUUCACCUAAGGUUCCAGACAUCGCGCUCUGGACGGCUGUCCUUGCACACCGACAUCCGUCUGCUGAUCUCACGGCGCACCGACUGCGACACUGCGGCCGCCCAUGCCAAGGGUGUGCUGGAGGCGCCCAAUGAACUGGUCACCGACACCCUGAUGCCUGGCGAGCCGCGCUACAGUGCCCGGCAGGAGAGCGCCAGCAGAAUUUAGUAGCUACUGCAAGCCCUGGGCGGCACCUUCGAGCUACUCCGUCGCCUGUGCCAGCAGCUGCAGGAGAAGUGGCAGCAAGUGCAGUGGCGGGAGCAGCAGGAUCUCUGGCAGUGGCCCAGAUACCAGUUGUAGGCGGAGCAUAGGAGGAGGGCAGGAGGCGAAAGAGACUCCAACUGCUUUACUAGCUUAUUGUUUAAUCUAUCCCUAAGCUUAAUUUCUUGGUCGGAUUUAUUUUUUUGUGAAAUUGCGCCUUGCAGGAGGUUUCCAUUCGUUUAGUUUUGAAACAUUGCAAUGUAAAAAUGUUGAUGAUCCAGUUAUGAAUACGAAAGCAAUCGAAUUAGUCAGACGGCAGUCGGUCAGACGCGAGAAUCAAAUCUAAUUGUAUAUCCUUUGCAACAGCAACAGCAA